CCCAGGCACGCGUUUGCAGAAGGAUGGCAGCAGCCGGGAGCGUGGAAGAGAUGCGGACUCGCGUGGUUCUGGGCGAAUUCGGUGUUCGCAAUGUCCACACAACAGAUUUUCCUGGGAAUUACUCAGGAUACAAUGAUGCUUGGGAUCAGCAAAGAUUUGAAAAGAAUUUCAGAAUAGAUAUGAUCCAUAUGGAUGAAAGUACUUUGGAAUUUGACAUGGUGGGGAUUGAUGCAGCCAUUGCUAAUGCUUUCCGGCGGAUCUUGCUUGCUGAGGUGCCAACCAUGGCUGUGGAGAAAGUCUUUGUAUACAACAACACCUCCAUUGUGCAGGAUGAAAUCCUGGCUCACCGUUUGGGACUAAUUCCUAUUUGUGCAGAUCCUCGUCUCUUUGAAUACAAGAGUGAAGAAGAUGAAUGUGAUGAAAUUAACACACUGCAGUUUCAGUUGAAAAUAAAAUGCAGCAGGAAUCUUCAGGCGGCUAGAGAAUCAUCUGAUCCUAAUGAGCUUUAUAUCAACCAUAAAGUUUACAGCAAACACAUGGAGUGGGUACCACUAGGAUCUCAAGCUGACAACAUGAAUGCAAAUUUCCGACCUGUCCAUGAUGAUAUCCUCAUUGCUCAGUUGCGUCCUGGCCAAGAGAUCGAUGUACUUAUGCACUGUGUAAAGGGCAUUGGCAAAGAUCAUGCCAAAUUUUCUCCAGUUGCCACAGCCAGUUACCGUUUGUUGCCAGAAAUCACUUUAUUGCAACCUGUUGAAGGGGAAGCAGCUGAGCGGCUGAAAAAGUGUUUUUCUUCUGGGGUUAUCGAGAUUGAGGAAGUCAGAGGAAAGAAAGUAGCAAGAGUAGCUAAUGCUCGAUUGGAUACAUUCAGUAGAGAAAUUUUUCGUCAUGACGACUUGAAAAACCUUGUACGUUUGGCUCGGGUACGAGAUCAUUACAUCUUCUCUGUAGAAUCCACAGGCAUCUUGCCUCCAGAUGUGCUGGUGAGUGAAGCAAUCAAGGUACUAAUGGGAAAAUGCCAGCGCUUCUUAGAGGAGCUAAAAUCCAUCCAGAAGAAAUAAGCUUGGGAACACAAAGACUCUUGUGGGGAAAAUACCAUUAUCAAAAUCCCUACGUCUGAUUGGAAGAGGAACAAUUUUAAACAAGACUGCAUCGGUCUCUUAAGAAAAUGGCCCUUCCGAGAUGUCAAAGAAGAACAAUGGUUGCUGUACCAUUGCUAUUGUUUACAUAUCAUGGACACAACUGAAAAUUCAGGAUAACACAGUGCCCUGUGUACUAUUUGCAGUCCAGCGAUGGUGCAUGUCAUCCUUUGAUAAGAUUUUGCAAUCACGUGCACCUGGAGACUUCUAGAGUGAACUGUCCAAUUUCCUGUGUUAGUCUUAGUUUUCAUUACAACAGUGGUGUAGAAAUCUUACCUCUGUGUAGUGAAUCACCUAUUAUGUAGUACUUUUUUGCUGAUCUGGUACUAAGUACUACUGACACAGUUUUACAGUCUAUAGUUCCUACCAGUCAGCAAACAAACAAAAACCCACCACCAAGUCAGUAGGUCUGUGUCUGAGCUAUACAAUUCUCUGCUUCAACAUUCAUGAAAAUACUCCUUGAUUCUUUCAAGAAUUUAAAUCCUGUUAACUGUCAUUAUUUAGUACAUUUAUGUAUAUAUAUGCUGGUUUCCUAACAUUCUCUCAGUACAUUUAUUUGUUACUUUUUUGUUACUGGGAUACAUGCCUCUCUUUAAAGUAGGGAAAAGAUCUCCUGAAUAUUCCUCCCACCCUGAGUAUUCUCUUGGGAUUCCAACUGUUUUCAAAGUUAAGAAGGUACAUUUUAGCUACUUUCUAACAAAACCUGAAUAUCCUUCCUGUUUAAUCCAUUAUUCAUUGAUAGAGCAUUUCUAAAUUGAAACAGGAGAGAAGAUUGAUAAAAUACUUGAAUUAGAAAAAUUAAGCUGCAAGAAAUCCUCUCUUAACAUAGGAAUACUGUAUAUAGGUCUUUGAGGUAUGUGAGCUAAGUAUAUAACCUUUUGUAGCGUAUAUGAAAAGAGUAGCAGGCAUAGGACACUAAUUGCUCUAGUUCCUUCUGCUACUUUAUCAGAAAAUUUAUUUUUAAUUUAUUGAACAAUCCUAUUAGCCUUGAAAAACUGGAGUUGCCCAACUUUGACAAGAAUGCCUAAUUUUUACCCAAAACUUAAAAUAUUUGACUAUAGUCAGCAAAGCAAGACAAAGCAUUCACACAAAAGCUUGAAGUAUUAACACAUCUGCAAGCUUUGCAUUGCUGCUUUAAAGUCUAUGCUUACUUACUAUAUGUGUAAAGUUUACUAAAGAUUUCUGUGAAAAUUUAUGCAUGCACAAUCAGGUACAUAUUUUGUAGUAGUUGAGUGGGCCUUCCAAAGGAUGCA